CGCGCCUUCAUGUUUGUCACGCCAGAGCGUCAUUCAAUUUCUACGGAUAUCCUCCAAGAAUGCCUCAUUAUUCGUUCGGAGAGCAUACACUUAUCUAGGUCUACGUCAUUGCCACAAUUGGACAACGUAGGCGCACACCAAAAUAGAUUUUUUCACAACGACGUCACCGCGUCAUUUCCUGUCAAGGCUUUCGGUAUAUAAUGGAGUCCAAGAUAUCUGGCCUUGGCUCUUUUCCCCCCACUUCCUACUACCAUGGCCAACGACGACGAACAGAACCAUACCAUGAUACAGGCCUUCGAGUGGUACUCUGAAGGAAAUGGCGUCCACUGGAAGAAAAUCGCGGACGUAUCACCCGAGCUGGCUGAGAUGGGGAUUACUGCCAUGUGGUUACCUCCUCCUACAAAGGCGGCCGGCCAAGAGUCAGUUGGCUACGACAUUUACGACUUGUACGACCUUGGAGAGUUUGAUCAGAAAGGCGGGGUAAGGACCAAGUAUGGCACGAAGGAGGAAUUAUUGCGCGCUAUCAAGAAGGCCAAGGAGCAUGGGAUCGUUACAUACAUCGACGCGGUGUUGAAUCACAAAUUUGGCGCAGAGAGAACUGAGCAAUUUGCCGCUACUGAGGUCGAUCCAGAUGACAGGAACAAAGAGGUUUCUGAUCUUUAUGAUAUCAAGGGUUGGACAGGCUUCGAUUUUCCUGGAAGAGGUGGCAAGUACAGCAAGUUCAAGUGGAAUUUCAACCACUUUACGGGCGUGGAUUAUGACGAUAAUAACAGCAAAUCAGCCAUCUUUCGUAUUCACGGCGACGGUAAGGACUGGGCACAAGGCGUCGAUGACGAGAACAGCAACUAUGACUACCUGAUGGGUGCGGACGUCGACCAUAGCCAUCCAGACGCACGGAAGGACGUUAUCAAUUGGGGGAAGUGGGUUAUCAAGGAGACCGGCGCGACCGGAUUUAGAUUCGACGCCGUAAAGCAUAUCGACAGUCAUUUCAUCGCUGAUUUCGUUAAGGCUGUGCGCGCGGACGCGAAUGAUCCUCAUCUGUUUGCCGUUGGCGAAUAUUGGAAGGAUGAUUUGAGCGACUUGGAGGAGUAUCUGGGCUCCCUCGAGACGCAGUAUAGCGUAUUCGACACGCCUUUACACUACAACUUCAAAGAAGCUGGAGAUAGAGCAGAAGAGUAUGAUAUGCGAGCAAUUUGGGACUCCACGAUUGUCCAGAAGAGGCCCAUUGAUGCAGUGACGCUCGUUGAUAACCAUGAGUACCAAGUUGGCCAAGCAUUAGAGAGCUGGGUAUCCCCGGCAUUCAAGCCCCUAGCAUAUGCUCUGAUCUUGCUGCGACCAUCCGGAUACCCAUGUGUAUUUUGGGGUGACUUGUACGGCACGAAAGGAGAUAAUCUCCAGCAACCGGUAUCUCAGCUUGAUGUUAUGAUCCGCGCGCGUAAGUUGUACGCGUAUGGUGAGCUGAGGGAUUAUUGGGACCAUAUGAAUUGUGUGGGAUGGGUAAGGAUGGGUGAAAAGGCAAAAGGAAUGGAUGGAUGUGUCGUUGUUUUGUGCAAUGGGUCCGGUGAAGGAUCAAAGCGUAUGGAAGUGGGCAAGGAACACGCUGGUGAAAAGUGGAAUGAUCUAUUGGGGUGGUAUCAGGGUGAUGUUGUUAUUGGAGAUGAUGGUUGGGCGGAGUUCAAGUGUUCCGCUCGGAGUGUUAGCAUUUGGGUGAAGGAAGGUGCCAGGGGUAGAUGAAGGGUUACCGUUAGAAACACAAAGAUGAUAUCAUUAGAGAUCGAUACCAGGUUACUUUGUCGGUACCUACUAGACGUAUACGGUAGGAGGAAAUCAUGGAAUUCUCUUCUUACAAUCGCUGCUGGACUAAGUCUUUCUUUCUACCAUGCUAGGUUCUAACUACAUCAUAAUGUUGGCGGUGAGCUCGGCCUAUGGCUUGAUUGGAG